AUGGAUAGCCAAUGUGUCUCGUGGCUUUCCGCCCUUAAACAGAACCCCCAAUACAACCAGAAGGCGGUGGAAGCCCUCCAGCCAUAUAUUCAAGGUACCGUCAGUGCCUCCGACGCUGCCAGGGCACUUAUCGAUCUCCAUGACACUUCUGUUGAGGAUCUUUGGGCUAUCCUCCUCGGUUUAGCAACAGACAUUCCAUCCGCUAGCGGUUCUAUCAUUGGGCUCCUAAAUGCGAUAUUCAACGCACCGAACAAGUAUCAGGCGAGAAGUCUGUCGGAUAACGAUGUUGAGACGAGUUUUUCCUGGGAGUGGCGAGAGGUCCAUGAUUCGUUAUGGUCCGACUUUACGUCCAUAGAAUCAACCUCGGAUCCAGCUGUCCAGCCAUGGAUAAAUUAUAACAUCUUCUCGGCACAGUGUGUCUCUAAUGGCAUUGUGGGUUCGCACUGGGCUCUUCAUCACAUUGUUGAAGGCCUGGAGAAAGAUCUGUCAGACCCGCUGCCGCCACAACAGGAGGUGAAUAUGCUCGUUGCGCAGCAGUAUUUCGUCCAUUCCGCCAACUACCUCCUUCAGAACCCUCCACGCAAAGCGGAUGGUAGUUAUGAAACAAGCUGGGGGAAUUAUAGCUCCCAUAGACUGUCGAAUGAAGGCCUGACCAAAGAUAGGUGGAACUUCUGGAAAGAACGGUGGGACAGUGCGAGGAGGGUUGAGAGUGCGUCCGAGACACUGGUGGGCGGAUCGGCUAGGGCUCUAGAGGCAAUGGACGAGGCGGAAAGGGGGAUGGAUUGGUGA